AUGUCAUUUUCAUUGUUGGAAGAGAGUGAUGAGUUGCUUGCUUCGGAACCAACAAGUUUGUCCAAACGACAGCAAAAGAAGAAACUGGCACAAGAGCGUACAGCAUUAUCCUCUCCAAAACAAAAUUCCACAGCAUUUACACCACUGAACUCGUUGGAUGUGGUGUGGUUCCAUAUUUUCACAAAUUUUGAUUUGCAAUUUCUGUUCCUGACAUGCAGUUUGAUUGACUCUAAACGAUGUGAAAUUAUUCGCUCUCAUUAUUUUCUUCAAACAUUGUUAUUGAGAGAAUUCAAAAGCGUAUUGAAUGGGGAAGAAGAAAAGGAUCUUUCUCUUUGGCUUGCAAAGAAACGACCAUUGGAACCCAUUUCUACCACAUUGAAAAAGAUUGACAACAAUGUGCUGUUUUAUGAAUUGCAUCGGUUCGUAGGAAAAGAAUAUCACAAGCCAAACGAGCAAGUCAAUGCCCCAGAUCCCUAUUCUGUUUUUCUUAAUUUGUUUGAACAUUUAACUCGAAGGAAAAUGGUUAUUUUCAAUUUAAAUAUCAAGAUUAGAAAAUUAUUCACACGUUCUUAUUCAACGCCAUACUCUGUGAGGAUCAAUUAUGAAGGUCUGUACAAAAAGAAGCUUUACAAAGAUAAAGCUAUUCAACAAACCGAUGAUUCUCAUGAAGAGGCAUCCAACGACGAAUUCGAUUGGAAGGAAAUACAGCAUCGAGCUCAACUUGAAUGUGAGCAUUUUCGUUUCAAAAUUUUCUCAGAGAAGAAUGAAUUUAUUGCUACUUGCAAAUCAUGCGGUAUCUCAAGAAAAAUUGGUAGUAACAAACGGGAGAAUGAGCAAUAA